CCUCACUAAAACCCAACUCUCCACCCCUGGCGACUGUAAAAUCUUCUCCGCCAUGGAUCCCAACACUUCAUCAUCAUCAUUUGAAAUAUCUUACUUGAUGAAUUCAUGUGGAUUAUCGGAAAAAGAAGCUCUCACUGUUUGUAAGACACUCAAAUUCGAAUCCUCAACGAAGCCAGACGCUGUUCUUGCAGUCUUUAAGGAUUACGGGUUCACUAAAUCAGACAUCUCCAGAAUCAUCUGUAAGCAUCCUCACGUCAUUUUAAUAGAUAUUGAUAAAAACAUUAAACCCAAAUUUGAUUAUCUCAUUUCUAAAGAUAUUUCUAGACCUCAAGUUAUCAAGCUAUUUUCUUAUCACCCAAAGCUUCUAAAUCGUAGUUUAGAAAACCAUGUUAUUCCUUUUUACGAUUUCGUCAAGAACAUUGUUGGUACUGAUAAAGACGUGCUUACCGUCUUCGAACGAGCAAGGAAUUCUGCUGAAGCAGAGAAAAUGAUGCCCAAUAUACAGGCUUUGAGAGACGAAGGUGUCCCUCAAUCAAAUAUUGUCAAGUUUCUAAUACAACAACCUAGGGCCCUUUUGAUAAGCAAUGAAAAAUUUAAAGAUGCUGUACAAGAGAUUAAGAGUAUGGGUUUUGAUGACCCUUACCAAUAUGCAUUUCUUACUGGUAUUCAGGCAUUGACAGCGAUGAAGAAAUCCGUUUGGGAAACAAAAGUUAAUGCAUACAAGAAAUGGGGUUUGUCAGAAGAACAAAUUCAAAGUGCAUUUAAAGCACAUCCUAUCUGUAUGACUAUAUCUGUGAAGAAAAUCAUGGCUGCAAUGGAUUACUUUGUUAAUCAAGCGGGUUAUAGUCCCUCGGCUGUUGUUAAGACUCCAGCAACUUUGUUUUUUAGCUUGGAAGAGAGGAUUAUACCGAGGGUUUCCGUCUAUCGAAGUUUAGUCUCUAAGGGUCUCAUUUAUAAGAAUAAAACUUCCUUAUUUUCAAUUUUGAGUAUGUAUGAGAAGCCGUUCUUGGAGAAGUUUGUAAUCAAGUAUCAGAAAGAUGCUCCGGAACUAAUGGAGAUUUAUAAUCAGGCAUUAAAUGGGUGUGUCAUGGAAGAAGCCAUGGAAGGUAGUGCUAUGAAGAAGGAAGAUGAUAAGUGUAUUGAGGAAGAAGAAAUUGAUCAUGUCCCCGGGGUUGAUAAAGUUGUAGAAGAUAGUCAGAAAGCUGCUUCAAAUAAAGUGGAAGAAUCGAAGAAAGCCAAUAAGCCUGAAAAAAUUCUGAAAAAGUCAAAUAAAAAACUAGAACAAGUGCAAGAUACUGCUGCAAUCAAGUGUCUUGUGGAAGUUCCUGGGUUAUUGCAGGCAUCUAAUAGGCCUGUCACGGAGGACUUGCAAAAUAAAGAGGUAACCUUUUGUCCAGAAAGUGCGACAAAGAGUGUAGCAGCUCUAUCACAGGAGGCAAAUGUAGUUGACAAAAGUGAAGUUGGCGAAGCUAAUAAAAAAGCUUCAUCGAGUGAUCUUGUGGAACAAGAAAAAAAGUUAGAAGAGGCGGAAGACUUGAAGAAAGCCAAAACGCCUAAGAAAAUUUUUAUAAAGUCAGAGAAAUUUUUUGAGGAACCCCAAGGUAGUGUUGCAGAGAAGGAAGCAGAGGAAAAGUCUAAGGAGGAAGAAGAAAUUGUUGCUGUCCCUAUGGUUGAGAAAAUAUUAGAAGAGAGUGAUGCAAGUACGCUCAAGAGGAAAUUUGUUUUAGGAAUCGCGGAAGAACCUAAGAAAGCAAAAAUGCCUAAGAAAUUUCUGAGAAAGUAGAGGAAGCGCAAUGUAGUGCUGCAAAAAAGGAAGAGCAGGAUAAGUCUAAGGAAGAAGAUGAGGUUGAUGCUGUUUCUAUGGUUCUGAAAGUGUUAGAAAAUAAUCAAGCAAGUGUGCUCAAGAGUAAGCUUGCUUUAAAUUAGGCGACGGAGUUUAAAAACGCUAAAAAAACUGAGAAGGUUUUGGAAAGGCCAAAGAAAAAAACUGAGGAAGUGCAAGGUAGUGUUGCUAUCAAGUCUGACGUAGAAGUCCCUGAGCUGUUGCAGGUAAUUGGCCUGUCACGGGGGACUCGCAAAAUGAAGAAGUAACUUUUUGUGCAGAAAGUGUAACAGAGAGUAUAGCAGCUGUACCAGAGGUGGCAAAUGUGAUUGACCCAAGUGACGUUUGUGAGUCGAAGAA